UAUUCAACACGAAUCCACAAAUCAUUUUCAACUCUGCUCUACAUAAAACAUUUGAAUUUCAAGACAGAUAAAACAACAAAAAUAUUCACAGGAAUUUGUUGUUGAUGCAGGCAAUUUCAUGUAAAAGAAACAAUUCGUUUUUCGUCUCACAUCCUUUUGUUGUUAUCUUUUUUACAAUAUAUAUUUUUUAUUUCUUUCCCAGAACUUCCACAGAGAUAGACAUCAAAUGUGGUCAACAAUCAUGAAUUAUUCAUGCACAAUCUGGAAAGUGCUUGUUUUGGUUUUCUUAUGUUUACUUCUCAUCAGCAAUACAAUAGAAUGUCAACGACCGAGCUCUGGUGGACGAAUGGAUGUAUAUAUUGCAGGAUUCUUCCCAUAUGGUGAUCGUGUCGAGAAUGCCGACAUAGGACGUGGUGUUAUGCCAAGUGUCAAAUUAGCUCUUGAUCAUGUCAAUGAACAUUCUACAAUUUUAAGGAAUUAUCGUCUUCAUAUGUGGUGGAAUGACACUGAAUGUAAUGCUGCCGUAGGUGUGAAAUCAUUUUUUGAUAUGAUGCACAGCGGUCCACAUAAAUUGAUGCUCUUUGGUGCUGCCUGUACACAUGUUACUGAUCCAAUUGCAAAAGCUUCGAAGCACUGGCACUUGACACAAUUAUCAUAUGCUGACAUGCAUCCAAUGUUCACAAAAGAUGGCUUCCCAAAUUUCUUUCGAGUAGUUCCGAGUGAAACGGCAUUUAAUGCUCCACGACUUGCAUUGUUGAAGGAAUUCAAUUGGACUCGAGUCGGUACUGUUUAUCAAAAUGAGCCAAGAUAUGCUCUGUCUCACAAUCUCUUGGUUGCUGACUUUGACUCAAUUGGAAUUGAUGUUGUUGAAACGCAAAGUUUUGCCACGGAUGUUAAGGAAGCUUUACAGAAAUUGCUGGAAAAGGAUGUUCGAAUUAUUUUGGCAAACUUUAAUGAGUUUUGGGCACGAAGGGUGUUUUGUGAAGCGUUUAGGCUUGAAAUGUACGGUCGAGCAUAUCAAUGGCUCAUCAUGGGACCUUCACGAAAGGAUUGGUGGAAAGUUAAUGACACUGAUUGUACGCUGGAUGAGUUGAAGCAGGCACUUGAAUCAACAAUAGCAACAGAUUUAUUACCACUGUCCACGUCUGGAGAUAUAACUGUGUCGGGAACGACAGCAGAUGAGUACUUAAAGGAGUAUAAUAGGCGUCGUGGAAAUGAAUACUCACGUUUUCACGGAUAUACCUAUGACGGUAUAUGGGCCGUUGCUCUCGCCAUUCAAUACGUUUCACAAAAGAAUCACGAAUUUUUGGAGAAAUUUCAGUAUCGCACAAAAGAGUGGGAGACAUUGUUCCUUGAAGCACUAUCAAAUACUAGCUUUGAAGGCGUCACAGGUCCUGUUCGUUUCUAUAACAAUGAGAGGAAGGCAAGCUUUCAACUGAAUCAAUUCCAAAAUGGUGAAGAAGCCAAAAUUGGCGAAUACAGUUCAUUGCAAUCACAUUUGGAUUUAACAAGAGGAAAAUCAGUGAAAUGGUUCGGACGUUCACCACCAAAGGAUAGAACAAUGAGAAUUAUUGAGCAUGCUCAAGUAAACUUGACUGUUUAUAUAAUAUUAGCAAGUUGCUCCGUGUUAGGAAUCGUACUCGCAAUUAGUUUUCUUAUUGUGAACAUAAAAUUCCGUAAUCAACGCUACAUCAAAAUGUCGAGUCCUCAUUUAAAUAACUUGAUUAUUAUUGGCUGCAUUUUAACCUACAUGAGUGUAAUAUUUUUGGGCUUAGACAGCGGUUUGAGUAGCAUUACAGCAUUCCCGUAUAUUUGCACAUCACGUGCCUGGUUAUUAAUGGCUGGCUUCUCACUUGCAUUUGGUGCAAUGUUCUCGAAAACAUGGCGUGUACAUUCAAUUUUCACGGAUCUCAAAUUGAACAAGAAAGUAAUUAAGGAUUAUCAAUUAUUUAUGGUUGUCGGUGUACUAUUGGCAAUUGAUAUUGCGAUCAUGACAACGUGGCAAGUAGCUGAUCCAUUUUUCCGUAUGACAAAGCAAAUGGAACCAUAUGCACAUCCGUCAUUAGAAGAUGUUAUCAUUGUUCGUGAGAAUGAAUAUUGUCAGUCAGAACAAAUGAACAUAUUUGUUGGUAUCAUUUAUGCCUAUAAAGGAAUGCUUCUUAUUUUCGGAGCUUUUCUUGCAUGGGAGACACGAAAUGUCUCUAUACCAGCCCUAAAUGACUCUAAGCAUAUUGGAAUGUCAGUCUAUAAUUGCGUGAUUAUGUGUGUGAUGGGUGCUGCAAUAGCAUUGGUCUUAUCUGAUCAAAAAGAUGCCGUCUUUGUCCUGAUUUCUAUUUUCAUUAUAUUCUGUACGACAAUGACGUUAAUCCUCGUUUUUGUACCAAAGAUAAUUGAAUUGAAAAGAAAUCCGAGUGGCGUAAUAGAUAAGCGUGGCCGUGCGACUUUACGUCCAAUGUCAAAGGCAGAUCGUCGUGACUCGUCAGCAUGCGAAUUAGAGCAGAAGCUACGAGAUGUUAAAUCCAAUAACUGUCGUUUCCGAAAAGCUUUAAUGGAUCGUGAAGCGGAAUUACAAGCACUGAUAAGGAAAUUGGGUCAAGAAGCAUCAAAUUGGCUUGAUGGUGGAACGAGUGAGACAGAACCGAUAUUAAAGGAUCAAGGAAGAUUAUCAGUUGGUCCCAUUCGUAAGGAUCUUCCAAGUCAGACAGAACUCACAAGUAUAGGAAGUUGCAUAUCAAGUCAUGAGGAUCUUGAUAAUGGACCGAGCACACCGGAUGCAAAGAAGAAACGUGUCAGCAUUCAGAGCAUGCAACAAGACAAGAAUAAAAUGAGCAAUUCUAUAUCGCAGACGAAAAUGGCAGAGCCAAAGGUUGUAUCAACUCAAACAAUAAUCUCAUCGACCAACAAAACGGUAGAUGUUAAACCACAGCUGGUACAAGCACAAACGCCUGACCACAAAGCAUAUGUAACAGAAAUGCGGAAAGAGUUGUCGGAAGCAUCAACUGCAACACCUACUUGGUCUCCAACUCACAAUGGGCAUUUCGUGGAUUAUGAUCCAUAUCAGGCAACAAAUCUAACAAAAUACAACACACAAAUGAAUACGAUGACAUUAUCAAAUUCAGAAUUGAACAACAUAUGUCCGCAUGGAAAAGGCAGCACAAAAAAUCUUAAUUCAGUUGAGCAACGACGAGUUAGUAUGGGAGCGGCAAUGAAAGGCAAUUUUGUUGUAUCACAGAGUGAUUUAUGGGACACUCAGACUUUAUCACACGCCAAACAACACUCGCGACAUUCACCACGAAAUCAACAAGGCCGAUGUCCAGAUCAUACAUAUGUAAAUGCUCCAAUACAGCAACAACAGCAAAUAUCACAAUCUACACCUUCCUCAUCACAUGCCACAACGCCGCAGCAUGAGCAGUACGAGAAUGGAUCCCCUGGUGCCAUCUCUACAGGUAGCACAAGUGGCAUAAUGCAACGUAGUGUCUCGGAAAAGAAUCGAAAGCAUCGUCAUAAGCAAAAGAUUGCAGUAUGUCAGAGUGAAACAGACAGUGAACGUGAACAGCGAACGGCACAAUUGUGUGCACAGAAUCGUAAGCUGAUGAAAUCACAUCAUUCACAUCAUCAAUCGACGCCAAAUGUUGCGCCAGACGGUAGUCAGACAAGUAUCAAAUCACAUAAGCAUAGAUCAAAGAGUCGCGAUCAUCAUCAUCAUCAUAGGUCAUCAUCAAAUAUGCACGGUGCAUGUUCCGAAUCGGAAUUGCUUGAUAGUGACACUGCAAUACUGCCCAUUUUUAGAAAAUUAUUAACAGAAAAAGAAUCUAGAUAUAGGCCAAGUAGAAAUGUAGGAGCAAGUUGUCCCAAUAUAUCCAUUAAAUGUGAUAUUGUUGAAUAUUUGUAAAAAAAAAAACAUUAUGUAAGGAUUGACUAUUGCAAUUUAUUUGUGGUAGUUGAUGAUUCGAAGAGGAGAUAAAAUAUUUAGAAUCAAUGAAAUUAUGGACUUGGAAUUCUGGAUUUUGGGAUGGUUGGUGCGUAUUUUUGGUAUCGAUUGAAGUUUGAAAGUCUUUUGUGUUUGAGUUGCUUCAAGUUAUGAGGUCUACUUCACGGUAAAUGUGUUGAAGCACAUUACUGGCAGCUAUGAUGGAGCUUUUUGUGAGAAUGUAGCAUGCUAAAUCUGUACUAUGGAUGCUUAAUAACAGCCCAACACGUUUAGUGGUGUCAGAACAAUCAAACCUAGAGUGUCGAACAAUGUGUAAGCGAAUCUGCCAGUUCAAGAGUAAGGCAUCUGUUGGAUUACUGAUUAGCAACUUAAGUUCCUUUAGGAACGUGGGUUCGAUUCUCGAUACCAAGCCGAUUUUCUCAAUCAUUACAAAGAGCGUUGUCGAUUUGAGUAAGAUUCGGACAAUACGAAAGGGAAAAAAAACUAUAAAAAUUAGAUCUAAGCGCAAAAUCAAACCAAUUCUACAAAUUGAAAAUUCAGCAAAAUAUCCACAACUUUCAAACUAAGGAAAUGAAAAAAAAAUCCCUACCAACCACUCAAAUCUGAUUCCCAGUCCAAAUCAUAACUCAAUAGAGAGUGAAACUUUUCAAUUUUCGAGAAAAAAAAAUGUCAAUCAAGGGAUUUGUGUAAGUAAAACUAAUCAAACAACUUUUUUAUUUCAAAUGAGAAAAAAACCAUUUUUGUCAUUAAAAAUUUACGAAAACAAGUUUUUUAACAUAAAAGUGAACUAGGAAAUAGCCGUGAAACUUUUUUGAGUUCAAAUGGAAUUUUUAAAAGCAAAAUGCAAUAGUUUUUAAAUAAAAUAAAAUAAAUUAAGGAUGUAACAAGCAUUUGAGACCUCAUCGAAAAGAGUUUUAGUUGUGAAUUGCUUUACAUAAUAAUCUCUAAUCUAUAACUUUAUCUCUCUCUUUGCUCAACGUAGUGGACUAAGACUUAUCAAAAGAGACGAAAAAAAAUGAAAUUUUAUGAACGCUUAAGGAAUUUUUAAGGCAAAGAAUUAAGAAAAUUCUAAUUGAAUUGACGGAUAAGAAGUUAAAUUAUUUAGUAGCUAAUAAAAAAAUUAAUUAAUCGUGAAAAAGACGAGCAAUAAAUUGUGUGCAAAAAAAGAUCCCGAGGUAAGGUUGCUAUUGUGUAUGCCAGGAAAACCAAAUAUAGUAAGUAAAUCUAAGUCAAAGGAGCUAGAUCAGUGCUUCUCAAACUAUGCUUGACGACACACUACCGUGUUGCUGUCAAAAAAAGUUUUGGAAACACUGUCCCAGAAUAAACUAGAUUAGUACCUGGACUAUACAAAGCAACAAACCUCAGAAAGGAAGUGAUUCUCAAGAGGAACACAUAAAAUCAUCCAUGAAAUAGAUUUUUACAAUUCCAACUUGAGCAUCCUUCCAUUUUUAUAAUUCAGCUAUAUUUAAAAGAUUAAUUUACUUAAUUUUAUCCCAAUUACUCCACAACAUCCCCAAUUUAGAAUCAAUUACCGAAACCAAGCAAUUAAAGUAUUUCCACGAAAUUUUAAUCACGAUUUAAAAUCAAUUACCGCAUUUGAAUUCGGUUUGAAAUCAUUUUAUUAAUCUUAUUCUUGAUGAUUUGUAUUUUUCCUUCCUGAAUUAUUAUUGCCUGAACUUGUACCUUAUAAGUAAGAUUAUCAUUUUCCUCCACAGCUGCAUGGCAUUAUUAUUUAUUUACCGCAGCAAUUAUUUAUGAGAAAUGUCUUCCUAUUAAUCCUCCAUGCGAUGAUGAACUGGUGAGAAUAGUCACAUUUUAAAGGGUGGUAUAUAGAUGUGGGUAUGGCCAUAAAUACCUACUAUAACCAUGUUGAAUGAAAUAAAUAGAAAGUCUAGACACAACAUGGCUAAAGGUUUUCUGGUAAACUUCUAUUUCAACCCUAAAACUAGACCUAACCUAGACAUUCUACUAUUAUAACGAUCUCAAAAAUCACCUCUUACCUUAAACCACCUCCUACCCUAUCCUUACUCCUACCCUAUCCUUACUCCUACCCUAUCCUUACUCCUACCCUAUCCUUACUCCUACCCUAUCCUUACUCCUACCCUAUCUUUACUCUUACCCUAUAUCUCCUCUUAAGUAUCCCCUAGCAUAUAUACUAGGUUUGUGUAUAUUUAUAAAGCUAGUGUAAGGUGGAGAGGCAAGGAAAGAUGAAGAAUUAUACCGAGAAACUCACCCUGCAUACGAAAAAAAAAAAAAAAAAAAAAAAAAAAAAAAAAAAAAAAAAAAAAAAAAAAAAAAAAAAAACCUUUACCUAUUCAG